ACGGAAAAAAAUUGACUUCGCACUCGUGACCAACUUCAUGGCAGUCACGCGAGAGAGUGAGAGAUUGACAUUUUAAUGCUUCGUUUGCAAAAACCAAUACUCUCUGUGUGUUGAAAAAUGUGUUAAUUUGAUCAUUUCAUCUGUUCGUUCUUUUAAGAAAAUUUCCGAAAAAUAUUUCGUGUAAAUGAGCUGUGCACUCGAAAAUUGGAUGCAUGUAAAGCGAAUUUAAAUGUGCGUCAAUAAAAUCAGGGGCAUUUGAUCAGCACCCGUUUCAAAAAGUACCUUCAUUUCGAUUGAGCUGACGGAUUUCGUCUGCUUUGAACGCCGCAGCGGACCCAUAUACAAUUGGAUUUCAAGCAUUUUGAUGCCAAUAUGAAUAAUUACCAACAACAGCAACAACAGCAGCAGCAGCAGCAGCAGCAACACCAGCAACAUCAACAUCAGCAUGCCCUACAUCAAAUGCAACGUCAAAAUGUGCAUCAGCAAUUUCCACCUCAGCAUACGCAGUACAUGUAUAGUGAUCCAACGACCGCUCCUGCACCACGAACCGACGGAUUUACCGUGUUCCGAACCACUCAUGGCGACUACCUAAUGAACAACUACAACAAUUACGAAUUGUUUUCGAACAAUGCAUUCAUCCCUCCACAUCAUGCGAUGCAACAGCCACCACACUCCCAACAGCCGCCACCACCGCCGCCGCCACAGCAGCCAAGCCAAGAGCAUGCAUUCUACCAUGCAAACAAUCUGACCAUGGGUGAUCGUUACAUGACCGAUGCGAACAAUACGAACUUCAUCAACAGUUUGGUCGACAAUUGGAUACCGAAUAUGACUGGAAUGCCGUUUGGUGAGUACACACCAUUCGGUGAAUCACCGCUGCCGCCACAGAAUAUGUCAUCAACGCACAAUGUCACCGCACCAAUCAGCAAUGCCAACGAGAUUCGUGAAGACUUGACCAACAAGGAGAGCAGCAGCAACAGCAGCAUCAGCAGCAUCAGCGCGCCAAUAAUAAACAAUGAUCCGGACAUGAAAAAUGGCAACGUUUGCAACGAAAACAUUGGCAGUAUGAAAAUCAAUAGUCAAAUGUCAGCCGAUUGCAAGGAAGCAUUUAUUCAAACUAACAAUCUGCACGCGAUGAAAAAUGCACAAGCGUCAUGCACCAAUGGUAAUUUCCAAUGCGAUAACACGAAUCCAAUCAAACCAACUUCCGAUGUGAAAAAACCGCGAAUGGUCGCUGAAGUGAAACCCAUGCGAAUGUCUUAUUCCGAUGUGCUGAGCAAAAAUGUGUUCAUCAAAGACGAUCUAUCCGAGGCGAACACCUUCGCCAAUCGCAACUCGGGCGGUGCCAACAAUUUUGCAAAUGGUCUAGCCAAUGCGAACCCAUUGCAAAAAUCAUCGAAAACGGACAAAACCAAGAAUUCAAUCAAUGCCAGUGACAAAAAAUCGGCCAACGUUCACGACGACAUCAAAGACUAUUCGGCUAAUUUCAAAGGCACAAAAACGCCCGCCAAUUCAACCACGGUGCAAAAUUCGGCCGGCAUCAAAAGUUCAUCGAGUUUCGAUGGUGAUUCGAAACCAACGGACAUUGAUGGUAAACAAUCGAAGAAAAAAACCAGCGCAAAUGUUACAAACGGCAAAACCACCAAUCGGACCACGAAAAAUGCAUCCACGGAAUUUUUGAGCAAACGACGUUCACAGACCGAUUUAAAUGUACCACCGACGAAAGAUGACAGUGAUAAAAACUCCUCCCCAAACAACAAUGGCUAUUUUUACAAUAUCACAAAGAAUGAACCGUCAAACGCUGAUAAACCAUUUCCCAGCUACACAAAAACCAGCCAGAGAAAAAAUGCUUCCAGUAAAUCGUUUUCGACUGCAGCCACAUCGAGCCGAAGCAAUUUACCUCGCACCGAAAAAUCUACCGUCUACCAACAGAAGCGCAGCAGUAAAUCACGCAAAAACAAUACGUACGAAUUCAUUUUGAAAUUGGCGCACACUUGGUUCAAUUACAUGCUGUUCUUUUUCAAAUGGUUGAUCGCCCUGGUUGCCGAUGUGUUCAUGCUGAGUAUUGGCAUCAUAUUGGACCAUUUUUCGGCCGUCUAUGAUUAUUCGUGUCAAAUGUUUUCGUCGUUGCGCAGUGAACUGACCAAUAAUUCCGGUCGUCCGUAUGCGUAUUUUAUUAGUUUAUGGCAAAAAUUCGAUAAUAAAUUCAGCAAAGACUCCAAAUGGGCCGUUUGGCGGCGUUUAUUUUCGAAGAAAAAACCACCCGAAACCAUACCAGACUACUACAAAAAUGGCCGAUUACCUCAAACUGGCGACGAAGCAAUGUAUUCAUUAUUGAAUUGUAAAGGAAAAGAUGCGUACAGUAUACUUGGUGUUCAGUCGGAUUGUUCGCAAGAGCAAAUUCGGAAGCAUUACAAAAAGAUUGCCGUGUUAGUUCAUCCGGAUAAGAAUAAGCAACCAGGAGCUGAAGAAGCAUUCAAAAUUUUACAACGUGCAUUUGAAUUAAUUGGCGAACCGGAAAAUCGAAAGUCCUACGAUCAAGGUGUUGCUGAGGCAUUGAAUGCGGAAAAGGCAUGGUCAGAACUGAACGAUUUACUGAAACAGUUGCAAACAAAAAUUGCCGAAGCAGUCAAUACGAUCAGAUGCAGCAGUUGUGGUUUACGACACCCUCGCAAGCCAACGGGUCGACCGCAUUAUGCCGCCAGACAGUGUAACCAAUGUAAAAUUCGGCACACUGCACGAGAGGGCGACAUUUGGGCUGAAUCUGACCCAUGGUUUUUCGGUUUGCGUUGGAAAUACUUGGCGCUAAUGGAAGGCAAAGUGCUGGAUAUCACUGAAUGGGCUAAUUGUCAAAAGGGUGCAUUGUCACAUUUACAACCAAACUCGCAUAUCGUUCAGUAUCGCAUUGUGUUGGGCGGACAGCAACAACAGCAGCAACAAAAUCAACAGCCACACUAUCAACAGGAAAAGGAGAGAUUAAAACGAGAACAAACAACUGAGCCAAGUCUGGAUGACUUUUUGGAUAAUUUGUACAGUGGCCAAAAUCCACAGAACCCAAAUGCUGGUGGUAAUGGUGCCGGAUCACGACGACGAAAUCGUAAAAACUAAACAGCCACUUACACACAGACACACAGACACACAAUACAAUUAUGGAAACAAAUAUGCGAUAUACAACUCCGUAUAAGUGAAUUAACAAAGAGAGAAGAGGAGAAGGAAAGAAAGAGAAAAACUCAUAGAGAUACACAACAAUAGUGUCUCUAUUUAAUAGCCACUUGAAAAGAAUAUUAUAACUGUAGUAAACAAAAAAAAAGAAGUACAUUUUGAAACUGAUAAUGUUGUAUUCAAAUUCUCAUUGACACACUCUAAAUGUGUUUUUACGAAGGCUGCAUAUAAAAUCGUCUAGAUGAAGUUUUCAGAAUAAAUGUACUCAAAAAAAUGAAUGCGAUCUUA